AUGGGCGGAUUUGUCCAAUUGAACAUUGGUGGAACCGUGUUCUUGGAACGAGGACAACGAGGGAUCGUGCCCUGUCCUCUCAUCAAAUCUCGCCAAAUCUCGCCAGGAAACGUCGACGCCAUGUACUGGUUCUUUGGCUCAGCAAGCGACGCAUCCAUCCUCAUCUAUUACUUCUUUGGAAAAGUGGCUCCCCAAAACGGGAUCCCAGAGGGCGUCUAUGAUAUCGACAGUGAGUUCAGUCUCAUCAUUGAGAGCGUCACCGCCUCCAAUGAGGGAACCUACUACUUUCAGGUCAAACCGCAUUUGAAAAUGAUAGAAGAGGGACAGGUUGAAGUUAGUGAUAAAGUUUCCCCAAGUCGUCCAUAUCCUACCGUCAUCGGCUGCAAUCAACAAUACGAUGCAGACACGUGCGAGGCGAGAGUACGACACGACAGCACAGUACAUAACCUGACCUGCGUCAUGGAGCAGGUCAAACCUGCCGUGCAAUUGAGGUGGUUUUGGGGCGGGUUAACGGAACUUAAGGCAACAGUAACAGUCAGGCCUGUAGUUCUACCAGCCUACAUGGGUUCGUCUUUGAGGAACCACACCUAUUCAACUUCAGCAUCAGUCCAAGUGGCAGCAUUUGACGAUGAGGAAGUCUACGUGUGUGAGGCAAUGGGUGUUGCUGUAGGCAAUUUAGGAGCACGUAUGAUAGUACGCCUUACCAAAGCUCAUCACACUACAGUGGCUUAUGGUGGGGUUCAGUCCGACAACCCAGUGGAGAAAGCCGCAGCAAAUGAUGGAGAUAUCGUCCUAUGA